AUGCAGACCGAAAGAACUGACGCGUCUCUAGACACGAGGCAUUGGGUUCACUUUGUUGCCGGCGGGACGGGCGCCGUCGUAUCGACAACAGUUACUUUCCCCCUCGACGUCGUGAAAACAAGACUGCAAAGCGACUUAUAUCAUCAACAUAUCGGACGAGGCAGAAUAGGUACGCAAGCACCAAGUUUAGGGACCGCCCAGUUGUUGAAAAACAUUUACAGGCGUGAGGGAUGGCCAACUCUGUUUAGAGGUCUUGCCCCCAACUUAUGGAGCUUUGUACCCGAGACCGCAAUCGGCUUCUACGCCUAUGGAAACACGAAACGUAUCCUUGCCGAAAUCUUCAACCACGGCCACGAAUCAGUAGUCAUCCACAUGUGUGCUGCAGCACUUUCUGGCGUCGCUACAGAAACCUGCACGAAUCCACUAUGGGUUGUCAAGACGCGGCUCCAGCUUGAUCGGGAGCGUUCAACGGGAUUAGGACGAGUGUACAAAGGCUCGUGGGACUGUGCGAAACAGAUCCUCAGGUCCGAGGGUGUUCCUGGCUUAUACCGAGGGCUGAUGUUGAGCUAUUUGGGUGUAUCCGAGUUUGUGUUGCAGUGGAUGAUUUACGAGCGAAUGAAACUGGCCUGCGGUAUAUCUAACGAGAUGGCAUCUCCUUCUAGCAAUUCCCCUUCAGAGUGGUUUGGAAUCCUUGGCGCCGCUGGCUUGUCCAAGCUCGUUGCCGCAACUAUUGCCUAUCCCCACGAGGUAAAAUAUCCUCUUCGUCUUUUCCUUUCCCACAAGUGA